AUGGCUCUCUUUGAAAUAAAAAUCAAGACAAAUAAGCUACCUAUUGUUACUAGGAAAAUUGCAAACACCUGGAAGUGGUAUUCAAAUGAUCUUAACUCUAGCAAAGCUAGAAUUCUUCUUCUUUGGGAUCCUAAUAGUAUGGAAGUUCAAAUUGAAAGUCAAUCAUCUCAACAUAUCACUUGUGUAGUCAGAUCUUUUGAUGGCAGAAUUGAUUGUCUUAUAACUUCAAUAUAUGGUCAUAAUCAUCUGGAAAAUAGAAGAGACCUUUGGCAGAAGCUAAAACAAGUCAGGUUAUCUGCUGGAAAUAAGCCUUGGAUUCUUUGUGGUGAUUUUAAUACUAUUACUGGUAGUGAUGAUAAACUGGGUGGUGCAGUGGUAACAGAGGCUGAAACCAUGGAUUUCAGGAAUUUCAUUGAUAAUUGUCACCUAUCUCACAUGAAAACAGAAGGUUGUCACUUUACUUGGAAUAACAGGCAAGAAGCAAACUCAAGAGUUUGGAGUAGGUUGGAUCGAGCCAUGGUAAAUGAUGCUUGGCUAAAUUUCUAUAAUUCCAGUCAUGUGGAAUUUUUACAACCUAAUUGUUCAGAUCAUUCCCCAGCUCUGGUUUCAGUGUAUGAUGAUUGUGAUCAAGGUAAAAAGCCUUUUAAAUUUUUCAAGAUGUGGGUUAAGCAUGAAGAUUACAUUCCCACUGUCUCUUCUAUCUGGAAAACUCCUAUUACUGGAUGUAAGAUGUUCUCUGUUGCUAGCAAACUGAAACUUUUGAAGGUUGCUCUGAAGGACCUCAACAGGAAAAAUUUUCAUAAUAUAAGUGAACAAGUAAAUAGGGCAAAGAUAAAUCUGGACAAAAUUCAAAGCAAUCUACAAGCUGAUCCUCUCAAUUCAGUACUCAUUGCACAGGAGAAAGAAUGCAUAGUCACUUAUAACAGAUUGUUGGAGUGUGACAAGAUUACUGAUGGUGAGGGAAUCAUUCAAGAAUUUAUCUCUUUUUAUAAGAAUCUUAUGGGAUCAAAAACUGUUACCCCAAAGCCUGACUGUAAAGUCAUUAGCAAAGGGGUCUGUUUAAAUGAAGCUCAAGCAAUUGCACUCUCCUCUGCUGUGACUAAGGAGGAAAUCAAAAAAGCUAUUUUUUCCAUGGAUGAUAAUAAAGCUCCAGGUCCUGAUGGAUUUAAUAUGUCCUUUUACAAGUCUGCAUGGAGUAUUAUAGGGGAUGAAGUUUCACAGGCAAUUCUUGAUUUUUUUCAAAACUAG